AUGGCGUUUCUAACUCAUUACAAGGCAGAAGAUGGUCUCUCAAUUGUGCCUAAUCACAUCAAUGGUUCGCCUCAGCCCUUCGACCCAGCGACAGCCAGCCUAUUUCCCGUCAUCAAGGCCGUAUCCGAAACUAAAAUACAUCACGCUGUCUCAGCUACAAGCUCCAUUGCCAUCUCAGCAUGUGACGCCGCUGCAACUGCCCUCCAGUCAUGGCGGAAUACCACACCGUCUCACCGCCGCGCCUUGCUUCACAAAGCCGCCAAUGUCAUCGAGAGCAAGGCGCAAGAGAUCAUGCAAGCCCAGGUCGACGAGACAAGCUGCCCGAAAGAAUUUGCGGCUAUCAAUGUAAAAGGUAGUGUUGCACACAUGAGGGAAAUCGCUGCUGCUACAAGCGAACUGAGGGGCACGGUGCCGCAGAGAGGCACAGGACCAGAUGGUGAGGAGGUGGAGGAAUUGACCAUCGUAGUCAGGGAGCCGGUUGGUGUUGUGCUCGUCAUUCCACCGUGGAACGGCGCAGUUGUGCUGCCACUGCGAGCUGUCAGCCAAGUGCUUGCCGCUGGGUGCACCGUUCAAGCCGGCGUUCCUAGUGGCGUCAUCAACGUCAUCCAAGUACGGCGCGAAGGCGCCGCGGACGUUACGGAGGCCAUCAUUGCGCACAAAGCUGUGAGGAAGAUCGAUUUCAUUGGCAGUGCGGCAGUUGGAAAACGGAUUGGCCAGGUGUGCGCAAAGCACCUUAAGCCCAUCUUGAUGGAGCUCGGCGGGAAAGGACCAGCCAUUGUGCUCGAAGAUGCUGAUUUACAGAAGGCGGCAUUCCUAUGUGCCAUGGGUGCUAUUAUAAACCAUGGACAGCUGUGCUUCUCCACCGAACGCAUCAUCGUGCACAAGGCCAAUUACGAGAAGUUUAUUCAGCUGCUCAAGAUGAGCUUCGCCAAAUUCCCUGCAGCUGGAAAUGCAGUCUCCAAGCAGUCCGCUCAACAUGCAUACGAUGUCUUGAUCGAUGCCCAAGAUAACGGGGCCGCAUACCUCGUGGGUGGUCCCGAGUUCAUAACCCCGACUAGUCUUAGGCCCACCGUCGUCACGAAGGUGUCGCGCAAUGCUCGUCUCCGAGAUGAAGAGACCUUUGGACCCUCGGUAUCCGUAUAUGUGGCUGAAGACGACGAUGACGCUGUUGCGAUUGCGAACGACUCUGCGUACGGACUUAGUGCAGCAGUGCACAGCGGUAGUUGGGAGCAUGCAUACAAGAUUGAGAGACAGCUCGAGUACGGGCAGGUACAUGUCAACAAUAUGACCACUGGAGACUCUCCGGGCGCACCAAUUCGUGGCGUGAAGGGCUCUGGAUGGGGCCAGUCCAACUCUAUUUGGGGCAUCCACGAGUUUAGUGUCGAGAAGACUUUAGUAAGUCCUCCUUUUAGGUCCUAG